AAAGGUAGCGUAACGUUCUGUCACGGUAGAAUUUCUGAAAUGUUAAUAUUUUUCAUUUAGCCAUAAUUGAAACCCAAAAGUGUUUUUAUUGAUUCCUAAAUAACUCGCGUUGUGUCUAGAGUGAAAAAAAAGUACAUAGAAUGUAAAUCCGGCCCCAUGGAAAAAAGUGCUUUCCUAAUGACUGCAUCGGGUUGGAGGUUAUGAGAAAAACUCGUGCGUAAGUAAAUAUCGUAUUUUCGAUUAAUUCAUAAAGGAAAUAUGAGAAUACUCUUUGACUGGUUAUUUAUGAAUUAAAACUCCGCUUACGUAAUACAGGUUUUUGCAUAGUACAGAAUUCAAGUUGAAGAAAACAGAUGAUUAUUUUAAAGUAACUUUUUUUUGAAAUAUCAAACAAUGUCGGACGUUCCUGAAGCACAAGAACCGGAAAAAAUGCCAGAAGUACAGGUGCCAGCCCCCAAAAAACGGGGAAGAAAGAGAAAAUCGGAAAUGGCUCUUCGUCAGGUGGAGGAAGUGAUUGAUAUGCUCCCUGUAGAAGAAACUGUAUCAAGAAGGGGACGUCCACGAAAAAAAGUGAAUUAUUACGAGCUAGCUAAUCCAGAUAAUUUGGAUUUUCAAGUAUCACUAGAAAAACAAAUCACUUAUUACAAUCUAGAAAAUUUCGAACAAAAUAAAAAAAGAAAAAUUGAAAAAAGUGAUAGUUUGAAUGAAGACGCAGAUGUGUUGCCGCUAGAAAACACAGUGGUUCAAACUAAAGUGGAAGAAAAUGUUUCAGAACAAAGUGAAACAAGCACUAUUGCAAAUGGUUCCCUUCAAGAUGUACCUACUGAAGCAACUAAUUUAUCAGCAGAUGCAAACGCUAGUUUUGAUUACACCACCUUAAAUUCUGAAGCAACCACAAGCACUCCAAGUAAAGAUAAAAAAUACAACUACACAGGAGAAACUGUAAAAAUGAUGAAUACAUUAUUCAAUCUGUUUAAUACGGAUGAAAACCCAGCUCAAGAUAGUACAACUAAAGUAAAUAAUAGUGAAACAAAUUCUAGUAAAAAUGGUAAAAGAGCAUAUAGGAAAUCUAAAAAAUAUAAUACCAUAAAUGAUGAAGAAAUGGAUGAUAGUUCUGUGAGUACUGUCACAUGUGCAAUCUGCAAUUCCUCAAUGGACAAAAGCCUGUGGACCCAUCACAAGCAAAGAUACCAUAACAAUUUAGCCUGGCGAGUUGGUGACUCCCCCCUGGAUCUAAAUGAUCAAUCUUUUGUCAUGCACACUUUACAUAUGUUGUACAAAAAGAAAAAACCUUUGUAUUGUGAUAAAUGCGGCAAAGUAAAAAAAUCCGUGGUAGGAUUUUUAUCCCAUCGGUCACAAUGUUUAAAGUCUGAAGAGCAGUUAGAAUCUGUGAAAAUUGCAUGUGAAAUUUGCGGCCGCAAAAUGUUGCCUGUGAGUAUGAGUACUCAUAUGAAAAUGCUACAUUCUGAAGGGUCAGAAAAGGUGAAGAAUGGCUCUGAUAAGUCAAAUAACGACCUAAAUAAACCUCUAGCUUCUAAAAGAAGUGCAGCAAAAAAAGCAAUGAGGAUCAUAGAAACGGUUACUAAAAAUGAUGAUACAGAAAAAUAUUUUACCAGAAAUUUGGAUUUAGGGUCUCAGGAGUUUGCCAGGACGCUGAUGCAAAAAGAAUUAGAUGAAACUAAGUUCUUUGAAUGUAAAUUUAGUUGUAAUUGUAUUACUACUAAUAUAGAGGAUGCAAUAAAACAUAUGGAGGAGUGUACAGAAAAACUUUCAGAGGGUUUUGUUUGCAAAAGAUGUUUGACAGUAUCAGGAACAUUAGAAGAAAUUAUUUAUCAUGUGGAGUUCAGUCAUGAAAUCUCUGUGGAAAAGGAUGACGACCGCGAUCCCAGUUUUACAGAAAAAGAGAGCAAAUUACCCUCGUUUAUGCGUUGCUCAGUUAAGAAAUUGGACAAAGUCUUAUUUCCGUUUGCUUUUGAAUGGACUUUUAAAUUCUGUGAAGAGAAUUUCUCGGACUACCACUUGGAGGAACUGGGUAUCGUUAAACCCAGCUGGAAUUUCCUACCACGCGACCAAGCGAUAAAAUAUCUACCAAAAUUAAACGAAUCCUGUCACGUGGCCCGUACUUUCGUCACUUCUUUCAUAAACCCACUAGGCAAUAAGUACGAAUUUAGAAAAUACAAUUUAUUUGAAUCCGAAGUACACGACAACAAAAUCACCCUAUUCUGCGGUGGUCCGAUAUCCGCGCUAGCAUGGGUACCAACCCCAUACUUACAAGAAAGCGAAAAUCAAGUCCUAGCCGUCUCCGUACUUAAUUCACCGGACGACAAGUUCCCCACUUCCGAAAAUUUUCACGUAGAGUCGGCCAUCCAAUUCUGGAAUUUUGGGAAUCUUCAAAAUAAGGAGUACUCGCUGCAGGAACCAGAGAUGAUUUUUUGUUUGGCGCAUGAUCAUGGGCCGGUGUGGCACAUGGAGUGGUGUCCUUCGGGAUGUUACAAGGGCGACCGUAUGGGACUUCUGGCUGUAACUGGAUCGGAUUCAAUUGUAUAUAUUUAUGCCAUUCCAUUUUUGCAGAAAUGUCAAAUGGGUUUAUUUUAUAAGCCAAAGCCUGUGAUGAAAUUGUUAUUACAACGAAACGAAAACCCACGAUUAGGUGGACUCAAGUAUUACCCAACCAAAAUAUCGUGGAGCAAAGCCGCGGGUCACCAAUACCUUUGUGUCGGUUACACAAACGGUUUUGUGGCACUUUUUAACAUAAAAAGUACUUCCUUUAUUUUGAAAUUCAAGGAUUCCGACGGUGUUCCGUGCGUUUUGCCUAGUAAGUGCUUCCAAGCGCAUGCGCACGCCAUUACUAUUUUAGCGCUCCACCACCUCAGUGGUGGCUGUAAAUGGUUGCUGACGGGAUCUUUCGACCGAAGGGUAAGUGUCUGGGAUUUGGAAAAUUACAGUUAUCCAAUAUGCAGCAAUAAAAAAAAUAUUGUUACUGAUGGUUUUUGGUUUACGAACUGGUUAUGCUAUGGUAUAGCGUGUGACGAAGGCUCAACUGCAACUUCGUAUGUGUCUGCGAUUUUGAAGCAAGUACGGGAUUAUUUAAGUGAUCCGAAUGUAACGAUGACUUGUUCACAUGCCACCAUUUCUGCGGUAUCGGGAAGCGAUUGGCUGAAUGGUAUCGUACAUGCGAACUCUGUAGGCGAAAUUAUAGCUGUCUUUCCACACCAGUUGUUGAAUUUUUCGGAACACCAUAAAACGUUAAAAAGUAAAAGAAUGCUGUUUGGUUACACUUGUUUGCUUGAAAAGAACAAGCCACCUAAAGAUCGACUUGAAGACGACGCGCUCAGAAAGAAGACUUUACAUACCUUAUCUACCAAAAAAAUGUCAACUGGUAGUAGUAAACUAUCAAAGAUUAAGGCAGAUGUUAAUUGCGACAAAUUAUUCGCAAACGAACCAAUUAUAUACGAUGAAGCUGCGGAAAAGUACGCUCUAUUGUUUUGUGAUAAUAAAAUGAAUUCCUACGACGAUUUUCCAAAAAGUGCAGCCAAACAAUUGACUGCUUUGUCCAAGGUGUAUGGGGUUACCGCCCCCAAUCGGUACCCUUUAACAACAGUAAAUAAAAUUGUGUUCAAUCCGAAUCGGCAGGCAAGUCUGUAUUACGCCACUGGUUAUCAAGCCGGUUUUGUAAGAAUCAGUUGGAUGGAGUUUCUAAAAGGCGACCACCAAGUUAAAUGAAUUUUAAAUUUACCGAUGUACAUUUUAUUUUUUUUAUAUAUACAUACAUGUAUAGGUUAUUGUAAUUUAUUUUGUAAUUAAAACGAAGUAAUUGUU